CGUAGGCUCCUGCCCGCCGGCCGCUCGGAAGCCAGGGGCUUCCUUCCCGGCAGCAGCUCCCGCUGGGACGCGUCAAGGAGCGUACGAAGGUCUCCUGCGUUUGAUUUAGACAAAAAUGGACUGGAGUGGGAAGCACAACGGGCCCACCGAUACAACCAACGAUGGGACGGUGGUGCGGCUCCGAGGGCUGCCCUUCGGCUGUAGCAAGGAGGAGAUCGUUCAGUUUUUCCAAGGGUUGGAAAUCGUGCCAAAUGGGAUAACAUUGACGCUGGACUACCAGGGGAGAAGCACAGGGGAGGCCUUCGUGCAGUUUGCUUCAAAGGAGAUAGCAGAAAAUGCUCUGGGGAAACACAAGGAAAGAAUAGGGCACAGAUACAUUGAAAUCUUCAAAAGUAGUAAGAGUGAAAUCAGAGGAUUCUCUGACAUGCCGAGAAGAAUGAUGGGACAACAACGACCUGGACCAUAUGAUAGACCAUUAGGAGGAAGAGGGGGUUAUUAUGGAGCUGGGCGUGGAAGUAUGUAUGACAGAAUGCGUCGAGGAGGUGGUGGAUAUGACGGUGGAUAUGGUGGCUUUGAUGAUUAUGGUGGUUAUAAUAACUAUGGCUAUGGAAGUGAUGGCUAUGAUGACCGAAUGAGAGAUGGGAGAGGCAUGGGAGGACAUGGCUAUGGAGCUGGAGAUGCAGGUUCAGGUUUCCAUGGUGGCGGUCAUUUUGUUCACAUGAGAGGACUGCCGUUUCGAGCAACAGAAAAUGAUAUUGCAAAUUUCUUCUCACCGUUGAAUCCUAUAAGAGUUCACAUCGAUAUUGGGGCAGAUGGAAGAGCCACAGGCGAGGCAGAUGUGGAAUUUGUAACACAUGAGGAUGCAGUAGCUGCUAUGUCCAAGGAUAAAAAUCACAUGCAACAUCGAUACAUUGAGCUGUUCCUGAAUUCGACUGCUGGAGGUGGCUCUGGAAUGGGAGGCUAUGGCAGAGAUGGAAUGGAUCAAGGUUAUGGCUCUGUUGGUAGAAUGGGAAUGGGUAAUAAUUACAGCGGCGGUUACGGAACUCCUGAUGGCUUGGGUGGCUACAGUAUGUAUACGUGACCUUGUGUCAAUUGUUUGCAGGUCGUGGCAGUGGAAAUAGUGGAGGAUACUAUGGGCAAGGCAAUAUGGGUGGAGGAGGAUGGCGUGGGAUGUAUUGAAGGAUAGCCUUGCUUCUACAAAAUACCCUGGAAGAAACAACAGUCUCUGGUCUACUAGACUUUCUUACAAAAUUUUAAUUUCUUUUGUAUUUUAAGAACUUUAUAAUGACUGAAGGAAUGUGUUUUCACAAUAUUAUUUGGUAAGCAAGAGCUUGUGAUGGGAAAAUCUGUUUUCUGUAGGUUUUAUUUGUUGCAUACUCUGACUUUAAAUAAAUUUUUAUAUUCAAACCACUGAUGUUGAUACUUUUUAUACUAGUUACUCCUAAGGAUGUAUUACAUAUUCAAGAAUACAAUUGGUUUGAGAUGUUGUACUAUGGUUCAAUAAAGGUGGUUGUACUGUAA